AUGUAAAAACUAAAAACAGAUGAACGAAUAAAAACUUAACAUGAAAAUGGAGAUUCAACAGUUAGAUAAUUUAAUUCUACUACUCUUCGUAUUUUAGAAAAUACCAUUUAAGACAUUAUGCUUUCAACGUUAUUUGAUAUUUUACCUUAACAUUCAUUUAGAAGCAAUACAUCUAAAAUGAUAGAUUUGUUAGUUAAAUGCAUAGCAAGGUUAACAGCUAUACUAACUUAAAACAAUUCAGGUAGCACUUUAAUAAUUAGCGAAAAUGAGAGGAGAAACCAUUUGGGAAAACUAUCAUCUUUAAAUAGAAGUACUUAAGAAGAUCAAGUGGAUUCAAGUUUGCACAAUGUAUAAUAAGAAAACAAUCUUAAUGAUCAAGAAUUAAUAUAGAUAGCUGAAAUGCUAAGAUCUUCUGCAUCAUAAGAUAAUUGUAUUUAAAUAUGGUUGAAAAAAUCAAAUGAAAUCCAAGUAUUAUAUAUUUUUUUUAAUGUAGCAAUACAAUGCUAAUAAGUGGUUAUGCAACUGCCAAUUCUUAAAUUAAUAAAGAAUAUGA